UCCUCUUUCCUUCUGGUCCCCUCCACUCGUUACUACUGUCUUCGUCGUCUUCUUCCUUGGUCAUCACCUCCUCAUCGGAUUCAAACUUGCUUUCUCAAACAACAAUCCAAAUGAUUACUGAUCCAGCCCCGGUUGAUCGAACCCGCUUACCCGAUCAACCUUCAUCUCUAACACUCUUCGACGGUUACAACUACAAUCACGGCCUCUCCAACAACCAAAACGCCUUCGCGACGUCAGCGGCGGGAGAAGAAGAAGAUCCCGCCGAUGAAUUCGACUUCUCCGACGCCGUUCUAGGUUACAUUAGCCAGAUUCUGAUGGAGGAAGACAUGGACGAUAGAGUCUGUAUGCUUCAGGAGUCUCUCGAUCUCGAAGCCGCCGAGCGAUCUCUCUACGAAGCGAUCGGUAAGAAGUAUCCUCCCUCUCCCGAGCGUAGCUCGCCUUACAUCGAGAAUCUUGACCAUGUUGUUCCCGCCGGGGAUCGUAACGGCUCCGGCGGCGGGUUUAUGAGCGGCGGAAUGAAGCCGAUGAGUGGUGGUGGCUUCACGUUGGAUUUUCGGAAUCCGCAGAGUCGUUGUUCUCCGGUUCUUAGCGUUCCUCAGUCUCCGUACGGUGUACAUGAAUCAUGGAAUGCUAGUAGGGAUGAUCAGUCUGUGUGGCUGUUUAGGCGUGGGGUUGAAGAAGAUAGCGAGAGAAAUGAGAUGAUUGUGAACUUCAGAGAGGACAGUAGGAGCAAAGGAAGGAGAAACCCUAACAGCGGCGAAGAAGAGAGGUGCAGCAAGCUACCUGCAGUGUUCUCCGAGACCAUUUUGAGGUCUGAUGUGGUGGACAAGAUCUUGGUUCAUGUCCCAGGUGGGGAGAGCAUGAAGGAGUUCGACGCGUUGCGUGAAGUCUUGAAGAAAGGUGUGGGGAAGAAGAAAGCUUCAGCGCCUCAAGAAGGGAAGAGACGAGCCAGAGGAAGAGGAAGAGGACGAGGCAGAGGAGGAGGGGUGAAGAAAGAAGUUGUGGACUUGAGGAGUCUUUUGAUACAUUGUGCUCAAGCUGUUGCAGCUGAUGACAGCAGAUGUGCAGGGCAGUUGCUGAAGCAGAUACGUCAGCAUUCGACGCCGUUUGGUGAUGGGAACCAGAGGCUGGCUCAUUGUUUUGCUAAUGGUCUUGAGGCGCGGUUAGCCGGUACAGGAAGCCAGAUUUACAAAGGGAUUGUGAGUAAACCGAGAUCUGCUGCAGCUGUGCUCAAGGCUCACCAGCUUUUCCUUGCGUGUUGCCCUUUCAGGAAGCUCUCUUAUUUCAUUACCAACAAGACAAUACGAGAUCUUGUCGGAAACUCUCCUAGAGUUCAUGUUAUUGACUUUGGUAUCCUCUAUGGUUUCCAGUGGCCAACUCUUAUCCACCGGUUUUCGAUAUAUGGGAAACCGAAGGUUCGGGUCACCGGGAUUGAGUUUCCUCAGCCAGGGUUUCGUCCUACGCAGCGGGUUGAAGAGACUGGUGAGAGGUUAGCAGCGUAUGCUAAACAGUUUGGUGUGCCGUUUGAGUAUAAAGCCAUUGCUAAAAAGUGGGAUGCUGUUCAGCUUGAAGAUCUUGAUAUAGACAGGGAUGAGAUCACUGUUGUUAAUUGUCUGUACAGAGCUGAGAAUUUGCAUGACGAGUCGGUCAAAGUAGAGAGCUGUAGAGACGCUGUUCUCAGUUUGAUAGGGAAGAUCAAUCCUGAUCUUUUCGUCUUUGGCAUUGUCAAUGGUGCAUACAACGCCCCCUUCUUCGUGACACGGUUUCGCGAGGCUCUUUUUCAUUUCUCAUCGAUUUUCGACAUGCUUGAGACAAUUGUGCCACGGGAAGACGAAGAGAGGAUGUUCCUUGAGAUGGAGGUCUUUGGGAGAGAGGCAUUGAAUGUGAUUGCUUGCGAAGGUUGGGAAAGAGUGGAGAGGCCUGAGACGUAUAAGCAGUGGCAUGUCAGAGCUAUGAGGUCAGGGUUGGUGCAAGUCCCAUUUGACCCAGACAUUAUGAAGACAUCACUGCAUAAGGUGAACACAUUCUACCACAAGGACUUUGUGAUCGAUCAAGAUAACCGGUGGUUAUUGCAAGGCUGGAAGGGAAGAACCGUAAUGGCUCUUUCUGUUUGGAAACCAGAGUCCAAGGCUUGACCUUGUGGUGGGCAUAACAGGGACCAUCUCUUUUCUUUUUCUAUAGAUGAAAGACUAGAGUGCUGCGUCUGAAGAAUCACAUUUUAUGUAAGUCAAAUUUUAUGACAUACUCAGCUAGGUUCUCCUAACGUUAUUCUUGUAGCUAGGGAUGAUGAGAUUGAGAGAGUUUGUAUAUUGCUAGCAGAGUUAACUUGUCUUAGAUUGUAACACGUAUUAUAAGAGGAAGCUUAGAGAGAAUAUGGUUUUUGAAAGGAGGUUUUUACUUCUCCAAUGUACACGCGAGGACCAAUGCUACAUUGAAAUAAGAUGUGUUGCUAAUACUAUCUCUGGAAAAUUCUUCA